GCAAGGAGAGACAUUCACACUUCAGAAGCCACCUCUUUCUUUUCAGUCAAACCAAUACAAACCACAGACUCCCAACGCCAUGGCUUGCUGUGUCACCCGCUGCUGCAGCGUCCCCACCGCACCCGCCACCACCAUCUGCUCCUCUGAAAAAUGCUGCCGGUGCGGAGUCUGCCUGCCCAGCACCUGCCCUCACACAGUUUGGUUACUGGAGCCAACCUGCUGUGACAACUGCCCCCCACCCUGCCACAUCCCUCAGCCCUGUGUGCCCUCCUGCUUCCUGCUCAACUCCUGCCAGCCCACCCCAGGCCUGGAGACCCUCAACCUCACGACCUUCACUCAGCCCUGCAGUGAGCCCUGCGUCCCAAGAUGCUGCUGAUCCAUGGCUGCUUUGCCCAGAGCCUGAUAAUGAAAGAAUCAACCCAGAAGCUUUAGCGUUCGCCUG